UCAGAGGGUCUAUUUUUGAAAAGCACCAACACAGGAGGAUGUGGUCUCGGUAUUGUUUCCCUCCGCUGCUCAGCUGUGGUUGAUCUGGGAUGAUCGAGGACACUGAUACCAGCAGUCGAUGGAAGAUGAUGCCGAGGAUGGAGCAGAGCUCGUGCACUGAAGAUCGUAUCCAGCAUGUCCUCGAGCGUUGCCUCAGCAGCUUGGGCCUGGACACUCCGGACAAACAACUCUGGAACGCUGGGCUGUGCAUAAACCGCUGGUGUUUGGAGGAACUUGUGAAGAGAGAUCCGCACAACUUCCUCAUCCUUCUACAGAAAAUACUGAGGAAAACAAAGGAGGUGCUGGAGCAGAGUCAGUACGAGCUGGUGGUGCCUCUCACUCUCCUGUUCUCUUCAACCCUCCUCAAAGCUCCUCAGGUGGCGUCAGACUGUGACGUGCUGCAGGAGGCCUACCUGUUGUUCCAUAGUUUCCUAUCCUGGCCUGAGCCGUGCAGCUCCGCCUGCAAACGCCUGCUGAAUAUCAUCCAGCAGGAGCUCAGAGCACCAGGUAUUUCAUUUCAAAGACUGCUUCGCAUGGAGCAGGGUAUUUCCCCGGAGAUUCACUGCUCUAAAACCAUGACGGUGCUGUUAGUGAGCCCAGAUGAAGACGUCCCUCCAGAGGUCCAGUCUGUCUCGGAGCAGCUGAGCAGCACCCAGCACUCCAGCAGAGACGUCACCAUCACCCUCAUCCUGCACGCCUUCCAGGCUGCUCUGGGCACUGGUCACGACCUGCAGGCGCUCCACACCACCCUGCAGACGAAGCGGCCAGAGGAGCUGGAGCAGCUCGUGGAGGCAGUGACGGACCGCAUGGAGACAGCAGCCUCUACAGCUGAUCUCAGCAUAGCUAGACGAGUUCUGCUGCAGAGCAUGGAAAGGCUCAGGGAGAGCCUGGCUGGUCCUGGUCCUGCUGAUGGCUGCCCAGAUAACGGGGCUGUUGAGACUUUUAUGCUGCCCCUCCCUAAAUGUCACACGUGCUCCUGGGAGAACGACAACCUUGGUGUUCUGUAUUACAUUCUCACCAGCGGGUCGGACCUGGACUCACUUCCAGACUGUUUCCUGAAAGCAGAACUGGAUGAGGACGAUACUAACGACACCAGUGUGGAUGAGGAAGACGAGAUGGAGGGAAACAAAGUGGACCACGAGUUUCAAAACCACCGCAUCUCCACCACAUCCUCUUCCUCGAGGGACUCCGGCUACUCUCUGUCCUCCAGCUGGUCUGUGGUCUCCACGCCAUCUGGCUCCUCAGGUGUGGAGAGUGACUUCAGCGAGGACACGACACACGAGGAUGCAGAGAAGGGACAAGAGAGCCAACCGAAGCUUAGAAAGAAACCCAAAAAGAAGUCCAGAUCCAUCUUAGGUGUAGAGCGCUUCUCCUCGUUUUUCAAGAGUCCUCGCAGCCCGAGCAACUGCCGCCGUGUCCAGAGUAUGGGCUACAGGGGUGACUUUACCACAGACUGUCAAAGAACUGGUUCGCAGCUUAAACACUCCAGGUCCAUGUCCAGACAAGCUCAUCCUCUGCAUCCGUCCACCACUGCUCUGGAUCCUCUUUCCCCCCGGAAGCACAUGUGCGUCCGCAGGAGGCCGAUCCUGAGCUGCGACGAGGGCGAUGUGACAGAAGUGCCCACCUUAGUCAAAGUGGUGGUGUUUGGAGGUGACAGAGAGGCGGGCAGGUUGGCCAGGGCGUACAGCGACCUGCAGCAGAAAGAGAGUAAAUGUCCUCGACUCACCAAGACGUGCAAACUGCAGUUUUACUUUGUUCCCACCAAAAGGAGAACGAUAGGAAGCACAGGGGGAGGACACACACCGACCGAAGGGCCGACAGGAAUCAAAACUGCUGCCUCUGUGGAGAGUAAUGGCAGUAUACUGGAGGACAGUACCACUGAUAUAGCACAGAUGUUGGGCAUGAUGGACCCCUGGUACGAGCGAAACGUCCUCAGUCUGCUCAGCCUGUCCUCUGACGUCCUCUGUCAGCAGACUGCCUGUAAGGAGGGAGGAGAUGAGUCAGUGAGCAGUGGCAGCGCAGAGAGUCUUCCCCUGCUGGCCGACCUGGUGCUUUAUUACUGCCGACAUGCAGACCAGCCUGUUCUGGUGCAGCUCUACCAGGCUGAGCUGACCCUGGCUGGAGGAGAGAAGAGAAGGGAAGUGUUUAUUCACUCUCUGGAGCUCGGGCACACUGCUGGAACCAGAGCUGUUAAGGCCAUGGGUGCUGCCAGCAAAAGGUUUGGCAUUGAUGGAGAGCGUGAGGCUGUCCCUUUAACACUAAGUGUUGGUUACAACAAGGUGGCUGUUAGUGGGAGGAGCCAGUGGAUGCAGACAGAGAAGGUCUGCACAUCGGUGAAUCUCUACAAAGCCUGCAGGAAACCUGAGCAGCUCGAUUCAAGAAUAGAAAGUCUGCAGCUGACUAUGACAGAGGUCCUGAAGAGGCAGUGCUCCAAGUCAAAAAAGGGCUACAACCAGCACAUCUCCAUAUCAAAGGUAAAGGUGGACAAGGUGGAGGUGAACGGAGGAAAAGACGGGACGUUUGCCGUGUGUCUGGAUCAGGAUGAGAAGAAGUUCAUCCAAAGUGUCACCAGGUGUGAGGUGUCUCUGUGCUGUAAACCAGGAAGCAGUUCAGACUGGAUGUCCUACAAGCCCUCACCUGGACAGGUCCAGCCUCUGCACCCGUCCUACUGCUCUCUGCUCUGCCUCCCCAUCACCUCGUUCUCUGCCUCCUGCCCCUGACACACUUUUUACUGCAGCUUAUCUAAGUUCCCAGGGUCCAACGUGCCCCAGUUCAAUUUUCUGUCACACAUUAACCCUACUGUUGUGAUCGGGUCCAGUGUGACCUGUUUUAAUUUAAAUAUUUCACAGAUAUUAUCCAGUUAACCCUGAACGUGGCAGAUGACAGUAAAUUGUUGGAGCUCUCUGACUCCAGCCUGACCCCUGACCUGUUUUCUAAUCUUAACCUGUUUGGAUAUUGCAGUAUUCCGUGGUGUUGUGGAGGGUAUACGCAGGUAUAUGGAGUAUGUCCACCUCUUUCUCUGGCGGUUUACAGUAUACAAAAAGCCAUGGGAAUAUAUAGGAGAGUAUACCCACUUCCUCCUUGGUAACCUACCAAUUACAAUUAUACAACUGUGCAACAACAUUAGUUCCUGAUUCAGACCAAAGCAAGACAACUCUAGGUCUGAAAGAAGCCUUAGACCUGCGCCAGUGCAGUUUCACGACUCACAGGGUCAUGAUUAUGGUCCCCUAACCUAACCCUUAUCAUAUUAAGCAGGGUUGGGGAACAUCUGGGCUGUACACAGCUGGGUAAUAUAGGACCCUGGGAACAUGGGAAUGACCCCCUUUUACUACACUGAUUGAAUCCAUUGAGGUGAUAAUGUUUAACCAAAGCAACACUGGAUGCAGAACAGCUACUGGAUAGACUGGUGAAAAUGAAAUCAGACAAAGAAAAAAGAGUGACCUUUAUUGACCCACUUAUAUUUCAGGUUUGUCAUGUCGCUGAUGUCAAGGUGUGUCACUUUGUAAUUUGAAGGAGUUUGACUGGAUUGUUUCCCAACUUUCUAUGUUUUUUUUUUCUUAUCAGAUCUUUAAAGAGACAGUUUAACUUUGGAAAGAAGAAACAUUAAUGCCAAAGCUCUGUCUGUAGAGACGUGUUUAUGUUAAUUAUCUGCUGUCAGUAGCAUAAAACUGAUUACUUGAUUUACUACUGUGUACGUUCUCCCUUUUUAAAAAAAAAAGUGUACUAAAAUAAGCUAUUUAUUUUGAAGUGAUAGCGAUAAAAACAUGUUUUUUAUAUAUAUUUUCAAAACAAAUUGUCUCAUUAUGUUUUUAUAUGUCACUCAACUGUAAUAAAAUCAUACUUGAGUCGG